AUGUCGCGUCGAAACACUACUUUAUCACACCUAUCUUCUUUGCUGUUACAAGGGGAAGAAUAUUUGCCGUUAUUGCAAAGCAAUGGUCGUGAAUUUUAUUACUACUCGGUCAUUCUUUGGAAUCUGAAGGUUAAUGCGGAAGGAGGAUACACCAUAACCCAUCAAUUAAUUCCAAAAGAACCUUUUAACGAUAUCUAUAAUAAUGAAAAGAAAAUUAAGACUAUAACACAAAGCUUUCUUUCAAAGUAUGAAGUUAGUUUGGUGGAUCUUGGUGUUCAAGAGUUUACGAUUCUUCCACCUGCGAUUCCAUAUCUAAAUUCACUUCGCAGACUCUCAAUAUCUUAUAAUAAACUUUCCAGUUUACCAUCCGCCCUUUUUCAACUGAGCGGUCUCCAAAUUUUGCAUAUACACUCGAAUCAACUACGAUCUCUUCCACCACAAAUCGGGUUUUUGACCGCACUUCGUGAGCUCGAUGUGCACUCCAAUAAGAUCAAAAGCAUUCCGCCGCAGAUAGCGAAUUGUACAGAAUGCAAUUGGUUGAAUAUGGAGAAAAAUCAAAUCGCAUAUUUGCCUGCUGAGAUUUAUCAAUUGAAAAAGUUGAAACAACUUCGCGUUGAUGGAAAUCCGUUUGCUUUAAUUUCUCAUAAAAAGAUUAAUGAUGAAAGUCGAAGCCUUCAUUUUUACUGUUCCGGCAGGAACUACAAUAGUCGGUCUUCAUGUUGUCGUGGCGGAACAAAAAAAGAUAAAGAUUUACAAAGCACAGAAAGCUGCAUUUUCAAUUUUUUACCUACCGAAAUACUGCAGCGGAUCGUUCCACCACGUGAAUAUCCACCUACAGUUUGUUCUCGCUGUCAUACGCCAUUGUUCCAUGACGGUAACAGUAGUUAA